CGGUCAGCCUGACAGAUCUGGCCUCGUUACUGGUAUACCUAGCCUUGCAAGAAGCCGCCCAACAAUUCAAGUUAAGAACGGCAGUUCUAUUGCACAAAUUUGGGCAUUUCCUCAUACAAGUUAUCUUGUACAUUCCAAAAUCGAUUCUAGAAGAUGGCGCCUUUAAUACCGUCUGCAAAAUUAACCUUGCCAUAUCCAUUGUAUGCUUGCGACUUUGACCCGAUAGAUUCCUCACGACUAGUAGUUGGUGGGGGCGGAGGUGCAGGAAGAUCAGGUGUGGAAAAUAAAAUUACCCUUUUGGACACUUCAAAUCCGAACGAGCUUGUUGGAGUCGCCGAGCUAGACCUGAGUAAGGAAGAAGACAAUGUCGCUAGUCUUGCAGUCGGCCAAACUCAAGGAGAUACAACCUUAGUAUUUGCAGGAGUGAAUUCUAGUCCGGCGGACUUAGCUAGAGGGAAGAAUGCGCACUUUCGAGUUAUUGGAAUAAGCCCAGUUUCAAAAGGGAAGGGAAAGGCUACAGAGCCUGUUGCGAUAAAGAGCAAACUAUCCGAGAUUUUGAGAUGCCCAUUGUUUACCAAUGUCGAGAGGGAUUUAUACCAAAGGGUCAUUCGAUUAUCACGACCUUAUGCAGGACAAGCACAAUGGGGUGCGAUUGCAACUGGAUUUGCGAAAGAUUCUGAAAUAGUACUUUUCCAACCCGCGCAAACUGGACCACCUACUUCAAGGAGUGCCAUAAAGUUGGCGAAGGAGGUUGUUGACAUGGAUUUUAUACAAACGGGAAAAGAUGAUUAUCUUUUCGCAUACGCCGAUGAACAAGAUAUAUAUGUCAAAAAGCUUGGCUCAAUAGAUGAUGGGGCAGAACCUGAGUGUGUAUACAUUACACCUGCUUCAAGAAGCGGGGAGCCAGUUACCAUACCGUCUUUCAGAUCGAUGAGAUGGCUAACGAAGGAUUUCAUUAUCAUGCUCACGAAUAUCCAUAGCCAAGGAGGUGUAGUACUACAGAUUCUCAGAUUACCACCCAGUGGCAAAGGACAGUGCAGAAUCGCGCAAUCACACAGACUCCCAUCCAGUAUAAAGAAGGCUACUGGUCUCGCAGUCGUCAACCUUACACCACCACCAACUCCCGAUGGAGAGCAAGGAUACACUCAAUUCGUGAUUGCGGUCGCUGGCCACGAUAUUUCCAUUUCCCUCUUCAAAGUUGAUCUCCAACACGAAGCAAAUAACUACCUCGUCACACCUAUCAAACCUUUCCGAAAAUUCAAGAAUGUUCACCCUGGGGUGAUUACAGGAAUUACAUUCUCAACUUUUACACCACCCACCCAAUCUGUUACUGCAAGCACACCUCCUCAGCACCUUAAACUCGCUAGUACAGGUAUCAGCAACACGGUCAUCGUCCACACCAUCCCACUAUUCCCCGUUCCUCUAUCCGUGAAAAGAGGCCAAUCAAGCACACCGCGCUACGUCGUUGCCCUCCCUUCAAGCAAAGCAGUUUACUCCUUUGGAAUCAUCGUCUCUAUGCUCCUAGCGUUGUUAGCAGCAAUCCUAACGCAAAGUGUGCUGGAGAUCAGGGGGGUUGUGGAACCUCAUUUGGGCGCCGCAAAGUAUCUACCAAUACCUUUACAGGAGGCAAUUGGAAAACCAUACACAUUUCCGUCUAACUAUCACACACUCAAUACACACAUCCCCACCUCUCUGAUCUCCACAAGCCCGGACUUCUUCGCGUCCCUCCGCUCUCCCACCCCCAAUUCCGCUCCCUCUAAACUCUACCUCCACCACGGACCUCCUGUCCCAGACGUUGACAACCAAGACAUAUCCCCCGAUAUUACGUCGCCAGAACUUUCUUCAUCUAUCAAAGCAGUUCUUCACGACGAAGAAAAACACGAGGGGAAAUCAUGGGAUGAGUUGACGGCUCCGCAGAAAGAAAAUUGGAAGAGAAAAUUAAAGGAUGCGGGACAUUGGGCCGAGGAAAUGGGAGAGGCGAUUUUCAAAGGGGUGGUUUUUGGUGAGUUGGGAGGUCUGGUAGGAGCGGCUGUUGUGCAGGCCGCAAGAUAAGUGAAGUCCUCAAGAACGGACGAUGGCGAGAAUUGGAAACUGAGAGAAGCCAAAGAUGACGGACUGGAGAUGAUUCGGAAAGGCGUUGUAUAAUAGCUCCAUGAUAUAUUGGAUGUUGGAUGUUGGCUGGUGAAAUUGUGAGCAAAUUUUUACCUUCUAUUGUUUUUUGUUCAAUGAGCUUUGUGGUGUGCCUUGCCCCGGUCACAGAGAUGAUAUGAGAUACGGUAGAUAGGAUGGAUGUAAAGUACGAUACACAUAAAUUUUAUUUCUCUCAUAUCUAAUAAUAACUAUAUACGAAAUCUUCCCGAUUGAGAUUGAUUUGGGAAACUAUUCGAAAUUAUUUUUCAAGC